AUGCAGCACAAACAGGAGGGCCUGGUGGACGUGUGGGUGGAGAUGAGCGAUGGGGUGGUCAUGCCCCUAAGAGAGGUGCCGCCCUCCCACUACUCCCUCAGGGUUCGAUCCCUGGAUCCUGAAGUGGUGGCUGUGGCGCCCUCGCCCCGCACCGCCCAGCCAAGGGUCAUCGCUAUAGGUCACGGGACAGGUGACCUCCUCGAGGUGAGCCUGGAGGUGUCAGAGGAGUGCGGCCACCGCAGGGCGUCGCUCGCCAGUACCAAGGUGCACGUCAAGAUCGACCUGGGCACCACGCCCCCGCCCGCGCCGCCCGCCCUCGACAAUGACCUCCGCCCACACCACUCUCUCACCGACGACCCCGCCCACCACAAGCUUAAGGUUCACGUGUCAGAGUUGCCGCACGCGGAUGCCGCAGCCCCGCACAACCACCUCAUGCUGAUGGCGGAGCAGCCGCAGGAACCCACCAUCCACUCCCGCCUCCACCCGCCCCGCCCUAGCGGCGUCACGCCCCUGGAGGUGGGCAUGUACGUGCUCCUGGCCGUGUUCGGCGCCGCCAUUGUGGUCUUCGCCGCCUCGUACGUGGUGUACACGUGGAGUGUACGUGGCGGCAAGCCCAUGAUGCCCCCGUCCCACCACGCCCGCCGCGCCUCACACCACAACCACCACGACUCCGUCACCAAUGCCCACGACUGGGUGUGGCUGGGGCGCGCCACCUUGGAGAGGGCAUCGGGCAUGGGGAUCUCUCCUCCUUCGCAGUCAGCUUCCACGGGCAUGAUGCCCCUUAGUGACCUCAAUGGCAACAGCCAGGAGCAGCAGCUGCUGCAGCAGCAGCAGCAGGAGCAGCAGCAGUUGCAGAGUACCUGGCAGGAACUGCAGCGUCUGUCUCGUGGGUACGACCCAUGCCCCGCGCCAAUCAACAUUACCACUAACCCAACUGCUGAUGAGGAGACUGAGACGACCCCACGCCUGGCUGGGUCAACCCACGCCCCUAGCGACACGACCCACACCCCUCGCCUGGCUGGGUCAGUCCAUGCCCCCAGCGACACGACCCACACCCCACGCCUGGCUGGGUCGUCGACCUUCACUCGUCCGUCGCGCAACGGGCGCCGCGUGACGUUCAACAACCUGAGUGAGGAGGCAGCAGCGGCCUCCAGCAGCGAGGAGGAGCGUCCCCCCAUCCCCCCUCACCGUAACAUCGGCGUCACCGCCAACAUGCCCGACCACAACGACGCCAACCCUCCGCCCGUGCCCCCUCACGGCGUCAACGUCAUCACCAACCCUCUGGAAGAUGGGUAUUCUGGCAGGCAGGGCAUGAGUGGGUAUGAAGGAGCUACUCUGAGCCAGCUGCAGCAGGCCUACACGCAGCAGCAGCAGCUCCUCCACCCCUCACACACGCAGCCUCAUCAACACACUCACCAGGAGAAAGAAAUUUCAGACCCCAAGUUCGUGGAAGUGAACGCCGACGAUUUUGUGCGCCUGCGCGGUGUGUGCCGAGGGCGGGCGGGACAGGUGCGCCGCGCCACUAUCCUGGAGAACCCGCUCCUCUCCUCUGCUCUCCCGGACAACUUCAGCGUCACCGACCACCUCGACAACCUCCCGCCAUCCAUGGACUAUGACCAACUCAUGGAGUACUUCUCCAACCUUAAAGAAUCCAACGCCUGAACCUCUGACGCCGCUGGGGAUGCAAGAAACUUGUUGGUGCCAUAGUGGAUGCCUCGCCAGGAUGGUACCUGCCACGAACUUCGGGUACCCGCUUCGAAACCCGGGCACCUGCCUCGAACUUCGCGUACCCGCUUCGAACUUCGGGUUCCCGCCUCGAACUUCGGGUUCCCGCCUCGAACUUCGGGUUCCCGCCUCGAACUUCGGGUUCCCGCCUCGAACUUCGGGUUCCCGCCUCGAACUUCGGGUUCCCGCCUCGAAACUCGGGUGCCCCUUGACCGCACCAACCUCAAAAUGGAAAAACUGUCUCGCCUCACAAACUAUAACUCGUGUACUCGGUGAAUCCCUGAAGCGUGCCAGUCUUGUGGCUUCAUGUCGCGUGUGCGCGCGCGCCUGUGAGCGCUGCAUAAACUGAGACACGCCCCAUCGUUGGAGCAUGCGCACAUAAGGACGCUUGGCGCACUGUACAUUUCCUAUACCACGUUACAUGGAAGUAACUGAGAAUUAUAGUGACUGCUGUAAAUGACGCAAAGAAUUUUGCGACAUGAAUAAGAUGUAUAUCUUUGUUCAAGUGUUCAUCCUAGGCUAGGAUUAUAUGUCAGCUGUGUGUGUGUGCUAGUCGUGUUGAUGCCGGAGUGCAGGGGCACUGGUCGGGUGCCAGGGAGGGGGGUGUGUGUGUGUGUGGCACAGACACGCCCCUCUUGGCACUCUGCCGUGUUGACGUGUAUAGAAGGAUGUAACCACGUUUUCCAACUCCUCGGUUGCUGUGAAAUCCCGACGCAGCAAAGCAGAGCUUAAACAACAGCGUUUCUGGACUCGAUACAUAUUUUAUUUUCAAUCAAAAGUCUUAUGAGAUCGGAAGGCUGAGUCUUGUUGAGAGCCUCGGAAGGCUGAGUCUUGUUGAGAGCCUCGGACGGCUGUUGUGACGAAGAGUGGACGCUGCUGUAUCUGUACUCACAGCUUAAGAGGAAUACGAGUAUAUGGUUACUGACAAUGAA